AUGUCAAAAACUGACGGUGUUGGAGCAAUCCCUAACGGUAAAUUUUGUAGUAAAUUACUCAUAAUCCAUCGCAUUGCACCCGCCAUCUACGGAGAACAAUUGAUGGGUACAUUACAGACAAAGAUGGAAAACGAUGAAGUGGAUAUUUCGAUGGAUGAUGUAAUAAAUUACACCGUGGAUGAUUCAACUGAUGACAGCAUGGAUGACAUUAUUAUGGACGAUGAAAGACUGAAGCGACGUGCAAAAAUAGAUGUGAUAAAGAACCUAGUAGCAAGUAAUGUGCCAACUGAAAUACUGAAACCACAUCUAUCUACAAAUAUUUUGUAUUUAUUGGAGCAAGAAGGUGACGUUUUAUAUGACGACGGAUAUAUCAUCGACGCCUGGCAGUACUACAAUGACGUUUUCACCUUUCAUCGUCUGCGAAUGGAAGUGUUUGGAUCAGCGGACACCGACCAUCACAUGAGGGUGCCUCUAACCAUGAAACGCAUUAGAUGUGUUUUACGUUUACCGACAUGGAACCCAUUUCUACGAAUUUCAGCACUGGGUAGUUCGUUGGAACAAUGUAAUGAAGCGUUGAAAGUGGAACCACGCAACACAGAUAUGCUACUAUUAACAGCUGAAGUCUGUGCUCACCUUGGACAGUUCGAAGAUGCAUAUGUGUAUAUUAAAAGAAGUGAGCGGAUACUUGGACAGGAUGAUGGCAUUCAAGAACUGAAGGUGCGUAUUGCACGGACAUAUGAAGAAAUAUUUGAAACUGAAGAAAUGAAGAAAUUUGUGUAUGGAAAUUUCAACUCACCAACAAAGCUUGAAGACAUAGUUACAAUAUCGCGUAAUACCGUCGACAAUAUAACUCCACAGCAUUCAGAUAAGCCUGAUGACGGUGAUCCAAAUAUUACCCUAGACAGAAUAUCAAAACAUGAAACCGCUGUUCAUACAGUUCCCAGCAUAUUCUGUGCCAUCUGUCCAUCAAAGAAGUUCAGCUCCUAUCGGCAUCUCGAUGCCCAUCGUAGAUCGAUAGAACAUCGUCGACGUCAACACAUUGAUAGUGAUAGAUUCUGGUGUUAUCGGCCACCACCCUGGGGAGUCGACAAUAUAUCAGAGUUACAGUUAUGUCCAAAUAUUGGUGACACAGAUGUUAACACAGUGUUAUGUCCUUAUGCACAUUCCGAUGAUGAACUGAGAGAGUGGAAAGACAGAGUACAUUACAGACACAUUAAGAAAUUGAAGGAAAACGGAAACUCCAAAUCAGUAUACUUAGGAGGAAUAUUGACUGCCAUACAACGAUCCGUCGACUUACACAGUGUGAUAAAAGAAGAUUUGUUUGAUGUAAUUGUGAAUACAACAACCCCGGAUUUAGUUGAGUUGAACGAGAGUGCCAGAAACUGUGACACAUUUAUGCAUACCUUUUCGUUUACUAUAACAUCGAAGGAGAAACGAUUAUUCAAGGUUGGUUUGCUGUUGGACCCUUGUAGACAGUUUUUCACUUUUGCUGAUGAUUCUGGCAACCCAAUUAAAGAUGAAGUCAUUGAUGGCGAUUUGAUCAUAGGCGAGAAUGGCGAGUACAAAAUCAACGUUCAAUUCUCUUCAACAAAUGAGGGUGUUUACCAUCAGUGGGUUAUUUGUGACUUUGGCGAGCGUCCCCUCCUUGUAAAACGACUUGCAGUUCAUGCAGGGGAAAUCCACCUCACAGAAGACGACGUUGAUGUAAAGUCUGUGUUCAUAGACUACUUCAAUGACCCCAUCUCUCAUGGAUGUCAUACUUCAAAUGGACAAGAUGUGGUACCUGUUGCACAACAUGAAUAUCCAUACUACAAAUUCCAAAUGCUAUCUUGGUGGGAUUAUCAGUCUUUCAGAGUAGGAGAUUUUUCUGAAUCAUCAUAUUCCCACUUCAAUGAACAACGUCGACAACUGUGCUUGAAAGAGAUGGUUCUGUUCAACCACAUAUUAAGGUUACAUAAACCGUGUUCUCUUGUAAUAAACCCUGGAACUGCUUCAGAUGCUGUAUUUGUAGAUUUAGUCAUCAAUGAAAUGUCCACAACCGCUGAUAACAAAAUAAACAGAUUGCAAAGUGAGCUCACACGAAGGAAAAUGCCUUCAAUUGUUGUCAAUACUCUCAGAAAAAUACAAGGAAGUGAGUUUUUAGUUGUUAUACUUUUUCUCUCUGCUCAACCAACAAUUGUUACGCACAGUAUGGACCUGCUUAACUUACUACUCUGUUCAAUUUCCAAGGCGCGGAAUAAGUUCUAUGUUAUUGCAUAUCCUGGCCGACCAGACUGUUAUAAGACUGAGAGAUCAACAGUUUUACAUUCUAUAAUGAUGGAUUGUAAUAACAAGCACUCAUUGGAAUAUUCAGCCCGAAACCAGGAUCUGCUUGAUAACCUGUUGGAAAUAGAUUCACACAAUCUAAGUGAAUUGUUUAAACCAACAUGGAGUAUAAUUGCAAAUGAAAUGGUGUCACUGUACAAUGCAUCAGACACAGAUUAUACAUGUAAUGAAGAUACAGACGAUUUCAGUCUAGAAACCCAUUUCUUACAAGGAACAACAGAAUUAAAUGAGCGAUUAUCUGAUGAUUGUGACUACAGCUAUUUUUCAGAUGACGAUUUCAAUGAUUAUUCAGGAGAAGAGUGUUUUCCCAACAAUGAAGACGUGUUAUUUAAGGAAUUGCCAAAACAUGAUCUUGAAGAGCACCUCAAAGUUCAGCCUGAGAAGUAUAAGCGAUGUCGACUGGAAACUCAGAUGCAAGAACAAGAUAGAGUUACACCACUUGACGAAGAACCUGAUUUCGAAAUUCGCAUUCCCAACAAGCUUAAGCGAGGACGAGCUUUGGAUCAAGAUACUGUUGUUAUUGAGCUAAUGGACGAAAACAGGAAUGAAAUACUUGAAAUGGGCGAUGACAAAGUUGACACAAAGAUAAAAUAUGGGAAGGUAGUUGGUAUCUUGGAGCGUCACGAAGAACCAAGAAUGAAGAAGAUAGCAUGUAUGCUGGGUGAGCAUAGUGACAAUCUUUUAGUCCCUAUCAAUGGAAAUUUUCCCAAGAUGAGUUGGCUCAAAGGACAACUGUGGAAAGAAACAAACAAGCAUGCUGUCUGUCUACCAAUAUACAGAAUUACAAGAUUCCUAAACUUUGAGCUAGACCAUAUUGAAGAAGUAACAACCAGUGAAAGAUCACAGAAAAUAUUUAUUGCACGAUUCCUCCAUUGGAAUGUAAACAGGAGAUACCCACUGUGUGUUGCUGUAGAUGUUCUUCCAAUGGGAAACACUCUUGAAAAUGGACUAAACAUUCUCAAAGCAAAAUAUGAUGUUAAAGAUAAUAGCACCACUCUUGAACCAAGUGUUGAGAGCCAUUGUGUUAGAAGAGAUUUAUUUGCUACACCUACUUUCACUAUUGACCCAAAUGAUGCACGAGAUCUAGAUGACGCUCUGAGUCUAGAGACUUUAGAAAAUGGUAAUUUCAGGAUAGGUGUUCACAUUGCAGAUGUGGCAUCAUAUAUUCCAGUUGACUCCAGUGUUGAUAUUGCUGCUCGAAAAAGAGGUACUUCAUACUAUCUGCCAGACAAACAUCCCAUUCAUAUGCUCCCUCGAUGGUUGAGUGAAGGGACUUGCAGUCUUCAACCAAAUACUGAGAAGAAUGCAUUAUCACACUUGUUUGAAGUGAAUACAGCUGGUCAUGUAUUAUCACAAUACAUCAUUCAGACAAAAAUCAAACCAGUUCAUCAAUUAUCUUAUGAAGAGGCUGAGAGAAUAAUAACGUCUGGUAACAUACAGGAUGAGUUCCAUGAAAUUAGCUCACAACUUGUCUCUUUGAAUGAAUUAGCACAGAAGAUGAGAAGACAAAGACUUGGUAUGGCACACUUCCUUACAGAGUAUGGAAGUUACGGGGAAGAACCUCACACCACCCCUUUUGCCCAACAACUUGUAGAGGAAAUGAUGAUUAUGACAAACACAGAGGUGGCUAAGAUGCUAGUGGCAAAGUACCCGUCAUGUACACCUUUAAGGCGCCAACUCAAACCUCAAAAGAAACACUUUGAGCAGUGGUUGGAUUCAUUUGACAGUGUCAUGAAAUGUAGCAUCAAUAUUUCAUCAAAACCAUCUAUAUCCGCAAAUAAUGUUAAUGGUGAGUUUGUUAUUAUGGACAAGUUCAUCAAACAGGAAGGUUACAUUUAUGGAUACAAUCUUGACAAGAUUCAAACCAAAGUUUUACUCACAAUUUGCUCUGAGAGGAUAACAGGUCCUUGCUCACCACUGAUGGUACUCGGCCCCACAGGCAGCGGGAAAACUACUGUCAUUGAUAUUGCUGCAGCUAUUCUAUUAGAACAACGCAUUAGAAAGUAUCGAAAGCAUAUAAUUCUGAUAUCCACUAACACAGUCAGUUGUGCCAGGGUACACCUUGAAAAUAUCGUUAAAUAUGUAAAGAAAUAUCCCUGUCAGAAUAUCAUACGGUUGUUGCUGCCCAAAGGUGUUUCCAUGUCUGAGAUUGGAGAACCUCUCCAAAAAUAUUCAUUUACUUGGCAAGAGUCUCAAGAACAAUGUAAUACAAACUGGCGUAUAGUUAUAACAACCACUAAUAACUGUCACUCCCUUCUGACACGUGGUAUGGCUAACAGAUUCACACAUGUGUUUAUUGAUGAAGCUGAUCAAGCAGCCUACCAAUCCAUCAUUCCUUCUCUUGCUUUGACAAGUUCAAGUGGAAAAAUCAUUAUUGUUGGAGACUUGGCACAGCAAUUGGAGAGUAAGGUUGGAUCAUGUACAGUUGGUGACAAGUCAGCGAUGAUUUUGUUUCUCCGCCAUUACUCUAUUAAGCAACUAUUUCUUAAGCGUAUAUAUAGAUUUACAGAAGGCAUCAGACGAUUUGUGAACACACAUAUGUACCCUGAUAUCAACAUUGUUGGAAAUGUGGAAUCUUCAACUAAAGACGAAAUAAUACCCAUACACGCAAUUAUACCUCUAGUUAAAGUCAAAGAACCAUCUUUGAAGGAAAUCGAUACAUAUCAGAUGCUGGAAAUCACUUACAGAGUUGAACAGCUUUAUCGUGACUGGCCUGAAGAGUGGGGAGAAUUCAAUGAAAAAAGUAUUGGAAUCAUUGUAGAAUGUCAAGAUCAGGUAACUUUUGAAGAUCAGAAUUUCCCACAACUUUUCCUGAUGGCUGUACAUUUCUAUGGAAUUCAAGAGAAGGCAGAAUAUGUAUGUUCAGAUCCUGAUAAGACGAAACCACAUUUUACACUCAACUGUCCCGUAUAUGUAAGAUGCACAUCACCAAUACGGCGAUAUAUGGACCUUGUGAUUCAAAGAAUGGUAAUAGCAGCCAUAUAUGGCGAUGAGUCACCGUACAACAAGGAAGAAAUAGUGAAGAUGUGCACCAUGUGUAACCAAACUGAAGACAAACAGAAAUGUUUUGAGAGUGACUGUAGAGCAUUGAAGUUUGCAUUGAAGGUACAUAAUACACCUUUAAAGGCAAUGGCAGUUGUUGAAACGGCUAAUGACAGUUCUAUAGAUCUGCAAAUCCUGCGAAUAAGAAGCAUCCCAUCAUCUGAGCGAAAAAUCCCACUAAGCCUGAUGAAAAUAUCCACACAACCAAAAUAUGAUGAAGCUACAGAAUCGUUGAGGUUAUCUUGGUUAGAGCAUAUUUAUGAUUCUAAACUUGGUGAAAAUAAUACUGUCAAACCAACCACACCAAAUAACACAACAAUUCAAUUGCAACGAAUGCGGCACACUUUCGCAACCUCUACUGAAACGUGGUACAACUUUAUUAUGAGCGUUUUGCAUGGGAAUCAACAUAAUAGUCGUAGGCUUAUUACUCAGCUGGAACAAGAAAGAAGAAAAUGUAACAGGGAAAAUGCUGUUACCCAUGACAUAUCCUCGGAAAGAAUAGACAAGAAAGGAAAUAGAAUUGACCCAUGCUGCUUUACAAGAAAUUUUCGAAUGAGUGAUGUAUUGGAGUUGCAGAUCGGUGCCCACUAUAGUCGUGGAAUGUUGAGUCCAAAUAUAGAGUCUGUGAAGCUAUCAGAGGAUUUUAGUAUUUGUAUUGAACAUCGUAAAGACGCUGUUGGUUGUUUCAGUGUGAAUGCAGAGAAGAAAAUGCCAUCUCUCAGAAACCGACAUGGUUGGGACAUUAACAAUUAUCAGAAUAGAUGGAUUACAAUACUCUCUAUGUCUGCUGCUGAGUCUGCUGUACGUCAUAAUGAAAAUAUCUUCAUCAAGUCUUUGUCAGUUACAUGGUCUGUAUCAUCACAGGGGGAGUAUAUUGGCACUUUCUUUUUACCAAGUAACUUCUGCGAAAGUAGACAUAUCACUUUUCACUCAUCAAUUGGUGACCAAGGGCAUGAUUACAUUUGUGUAAAAUGUCAACAAUUCUCAGUCAAAAAAAGAAGUACUCCUAAGUUCACUAAUGGAGACACACUUUUUUUUGACAACAACUUCUGUUGGAUUGCUCACUGUAUUGUAUCACGAGUGCAAGUGGAGAAAAAAGAUGGCAGUGAAGAUGGAACCACCAUAGUUGAUAUUAAACUAAAAUCCACAUCAGUGAAUAUCUUAGAACAAUGUCUUACAAGUGAGCAGUCUUCAGUGGAGCAAAUAUGUACUGUGGAGAUUAUUAAGAAGUCAAUACCAGAUAGGAGAGUUGAAGAUACUGUUCGAAUGCUUCGUGAAUCAAGUGAAUUUGUACAACAGAUUGCUCUUGGACAUCCACCAAAGCGUCAAAUUCCCAGACAACAAAGCCUACGACGGUUAGUCAUGAAAGUGUCUACCAACAAAAGAGAAGGCCUUCCAAGUCUUAACGAGGACCAGUUUCAUGCUAUCAAAAUGUCAUUGGAAAACAAAUUCACAGUUGUUCAGGGACCGCCAGGAACUGGCAAAUCAUACAUGGCAGCCAAUCUCGCCAAUGCUUUCGUAUUGUCAAAUCGAGAUGAACCAUCAAUGAAAGGAGGACGUAUUCUCUACUGUGCUCCUUCUAAUAAAGCCGUUGAUGUCGCAGCAGGUAUAAUACUUACACGGUUUGAUAUGAAUAUCAUCCGUAUGUACAGUAAGAGCAUGGAGGGGAAAGACUACCCUGUUCCAGGAUUGACCGAUAUUACACAAUACAAAAGAGGAAAUAAUGCCGAAAGUAGUCCGGCUCUUGACGACAUUGCCUUACACAGAGUGAUCAGAAAAGCACCAUCUAAAUAUGGUAAUGAAAUAAGACAAUUCGACAGCCGAUUCAGAAAUGCUGCAAUUCCCUCAUCAAAGAAAGAUAUUGAGGAUUACAAGGCUCUCAUUAAGAAGGCAGAGAAAGAUGCACUAAUAGGAUGUGACGUCAUACUUUGCACAUGCUCAGAAGCAGCCAGUAAGAGAUUGGAUAAACUUUGUAUUCUGCAGUGCAUCAUAGAUGAAGCAGGUAUGUGCACAGAGCCGGAAACUUUGGUUCCACUGGUGAGAGCAAAUCCCGAACAGGUCGUCCUUAUUGGAGAUCAUCGUCAACUACAACCGAUAGUUACACACAAUUUAUCAAAUCAAAUGGGACUAGGAGUGUCUUUGUUAGAGCGUUACUGCGAUCAAAAUCACUUCAUAAGACUGAAAAUACAGUACAGAAUGCAUAAUGCCAUAUGUGAAUUUCCAAACAACCAGUUCUAUGAUGGAGAUCUUGAGACAGCUGAAACAGUCUUGAAAAGAUCACAGUUAAAAACUACAAUGGACGGCGUAUGGCCAGGGGGAAAACACGUCCCAACUGUAUUCUGUCAUUCUGUGGGGAAGGAGGAAUCCCUGAAAGUAACUACCGACGAAGGAAGUGAGCACUCAAAGAAAAACUUACAGGAAGUGAAAGAUGUUGUUCGCAUAGCAAAGAUACUGACUACGAAGUACGGACUUGCAAAGUCACGGAUACAGAUCCUAUCCCAGUAUCGAGCUCAGUGUCACGAAAUUACAGGAGAACUGAAGGGAGUCAACUGUCAAAACAUUGGCGUUAAUUCCGUGAUUGGUUUUCAAGGAAGCGAACAAGAUUAUAUCAUACUUUCUACAGUUCGUUCUUUACCGCAACGGGAAAUUGAGGAGCGACCAACAAAGGGGUGGCUGAAAAAGAAUUUGGGCUUUGUAACAGAUGAACAUCAAAUCAACGUGGCUCUUACACGGGCCAGGAAGGGACUUAUAAUUAUAGGUAAUGCAAACUUGCUGCGAACAGACUACAACUGGCGUAGAUUACUUGAAGAAUACAGACGGAAGAAUUGCUGCGUUGAUGCACGAAAUUUUCCGUCAUCUAAACUUUAUUGA